AUGGCGAACCUAUGGUUUUGGCUCAUGUCAGAAAAGGAGGUCCAUCCUAAGGCCUCUUGCACUAAGGAUUCAGGACUCCUCCCCUGUGGGUCCUGCGACAUGGCUUUCCGCUCUUGGACUUUAUUGGCCACUCACACCCAGCGUUUCUGCAUUGGCCGUCUGACCCAGGAUGUGACACUUGGAGCACAGUCCUCAACAGCCAUGGAACUAGGCCGCUCUGGGGUAAGGGUCUCGUUUGUGGCCAUAGAAAGCCGUUCAGUGUCACAAGAACCCCCAGGCCUUUCAGAUCAGCAAGCCAGUAUAUUAGGUCUAAGGAGGCUGGAUGAGGAGGUACAAAAGCUAUAACUUCAUCUGCAGGACAGGGCACCGUUGAUAAUGGAUGCUCUCAAGGGUUCAGAGAGUUCCAUUCAGGGUCCCACAUCUGAGGCCGCAAGAAGUCUGGAUGAACGUCUUCGAGCACUGCACAAGAUUCACAUAAGGCAAGUGGCAGAGACCAAAGCACAAGGCCAGGCUCUUGAGCGACGCAGGGAAGAACUGAGCAGGUGUCUGCAAAGUUUAGCCCAGUCCCAGGGUGAAUUAUUUCACUUGAUUGGUGUGGAGGGGGAGCUUCGAGAGCUCCGGGCAGAGGCUGGAAGAACAAAAGGAGCUCUAGAGAUGUUAGAGGAACAAGUUCAACAAUUGAAACUGGAGCCACGGACCCAACUGAACACCGAAAGAGUGGCAGAACUGUGUUGUCCAGUGCUACAGGCCAACGCAGGGACUCUGGCUGCAGAGAUAGGGUCAUUGCGGGAGGCCUACCUGCGAGGCGGGGGUCAGGACCCCCGCGUGCUGGGCCAGAUAUGGCAAUUGCAAGUAGAAGCGUCAGCCCUGGAGCUGCGGCGGUUACAAACCCGUAGGGGAAAACAAAGAGACACAACAGGGGAGCUUCUAGCAGUGGAAAAUGAAAACCAGCGCCUGGAGGCUGAAAUUCUGGCUUUGCAGAUGCAGAAAGGCCGAGGCCUUUGGCUACUGAUGCAUCCUCUACCUUUAGCACCCAAGGAGAGUGAACUAGCAGCAGCUUCCAGCACUCGCUUGAGAAGAAGGGGAGAUCCCCCACUCCUCCCACCACCGGUAGCUCCCCCGCUGCCACCAUCUCCACCCUUUACUGCACCACAGCUUUCUAGAGCUAGGACCUCAAACCUGAACUUGGAUCCCUCCUACCUCCUGCCGUCAUCUGAUUCUCUGGGCCCUGCACCCUAUGAUCCUGGGACUGGCCUGGUUGUAUUCUAUGACUUUCUGCGAGGCCUGGACGCUUCUUGGAUUUGGGUUCAAUUAAUAACUGGCUUGGCACGAGAUGAACAAGACAUAGGAAAGAGCACAGCAUUGCCCCCAGCCAUUUGCUUGCCCCCACCUCCAGCUCCUGGGCCCAUGGGCAACUGUGCCAUCCUUGCCUGCCGGCAGCCUAUACCCAGGCUGCCACCUUCACCAUCAGUAUCCUUGAUCUGUGAGCUUCAGGCCUGGCAAGGCUCAUCACAAUCAAGGGCUCCAGAGCCAAAGGCCUGGAUCUCACUACACCUAUUUGAUCAGCAUCAGCAGGCAUUAAGUGGCCGAUGGCGUCUUCCACUUCGAGCCCUUCCUCGGGACACCAGCCUUAGCCAUGGGCAGCUGAAUGGAAUUCCCCAGGUUGGUCAGACUGAACUUUUCCUUCGGCUGGUCAAUGCAAGAGAUGCAGGUGUCCAAACACUGGCAGAGAUCAAUCCAGCAAGUGCCCAUGAGUACGAGUACCUACCUCCGGUGUCCAGCUCUUCACUGGAAGCCAGCUCUCUAGCUCCAACAGCUGGCCUUGUCAAUCCUCCUCCAGCAGAACCCCACAGAGGCAGAAGAGAUGAGUUUGCACCCUAA